CUUAGUAGUCCUCGUUCAACUCAAAUUUGACUUUCCAAUUUAAGUCACUCUCAGUUCUCACCUAAUAUCUCUUGUUAUUUUCAUAACACCAAAAAACAAACAUUAGUAUUAGUAGUCUCUCAACCUCCAAUUCGUCAAAUUAAAGACUACCAAUUACAAGAACUUGAGAUGUCACAUCUCCUCCAUUCUCCUUAUCCAUAUCCUAGCUCUAUGCAAACUCAAGACUAUUUGCUUAGUCUCUUUGCCCUAAAUUAAACAAUAAAAUCUAAUUUAUAAUUGUAAAUAUUUAAUUUUUAAUUGUAAAGGUAAAUAAUUUUGUAUUUGAUAAUACCGAAUGGGAUACCGAAGUACCGAUUGGGAUAACGAAAUAUUUAGGGAUUGCGAUUGGGAUUGGGAUACCGAAAUUAUGUAGGGAUUGGGAUUGAGUUUAGGGUGUAAUUCGGUAUUCAGGAUUUCGGUAUUUGUUAUUGGGAUACCGAUACCGUACCGAUUUCCACUCCUAGUCAUAGUGUACUCCAUAUGGUGUUCUUCUUGAUGAGCAUACGUUACUUCCGACGGGUCAACUAGUUGUCCCUCGUUGGGGGCUCGGUCGUGGCAAUUAUACUUGGGUUCACCUCGCAAAGUUGGUGCUUGUAGGCAUGCUCAAGGUUACCCUAGCUUCUCGUUGUGAUCCAUCCUUCCGCAUGGUGCUGACCGAUGAGGAGUUGGAGGUGGAUUGGAGGAAGCGAACAUAUGCAGAGAUGAUGGAGUCCGAGAUGUUGCCACAGUCCUUGGCCCUUUCUAUGAUUGAGGCUCCUAGGAUUCUUGUGGAUGUUGUCGUACCAGAAGAUGGAGAACCUGAUUAAAAAAGGCAGCACAUGGAUUAUGGUAAGUCGUCUUCUGUAGGAACUGUGGAGGUAGCCAGCAGUGAAUGGCCCCAUGGCACCAAAUGAGCUUUUUGGCGUGGAAUUGUCGAGGUUUGGGGCCUACCUUGACAAUUCAAGCUUUAGAAGACCUAGUGCAUGUUCAUAAUCUUUAUUUGUUGUUGCUUUCUAAAACUUAUAAUAGUCGUGACUUUGUUGAGUCUGUUGUUCGUAGUCUUGGAUUUGUGGAUUGUCGUAUAGUUAAUCCUUCUGGUUUGUCAGGGGGGCUGGCCACUUCUUGGUUAGCUGCAUCUUCCAUCUCCUAUUUGUGUUCAUACUCUUUUUAUUUGUCUUUGCAAGUUUGCUUUACUGGUCAAUUAUCAGUGAUGAUGUUUGUGUAUUUUGUGAGGAUGGUCUUCAGCACCGCCAAUUUCGCCGUCUUGUUAAUUAUUGUUCUCUAUUGCUGUGUCGAAUACCAUUGUGGGCGAUUUUAAUGACUUGCUAAGCUUUGAUGAGAAACAAGGAGGUCUGGUUUUAAUCCGUCUGAUGACCUUGCUUCUCACAAAUUCGUUGAUGAUCUUGCUCUCAUUGAUAUUGGUUUCUCUUGUCCACGUUAUGCUUGGACAAAUCGUCAUUUUAUUUCUUCAUUUCUUCAUAGUAUGUUGGACAGAUUCUUGUUCUAUGCCGUUGAAGGUUGGGUGGAUGCUUGGUCGAUGAGGUCAUUUGAGCAUUUGUUGGAUCAAGGUAGCGAUCAUAGAGCAAUUCUUUUAUGGUGGAAUGUUCCUCAACCUCACGUUAAGCCUCUUUUUAGGUUUGAUUCUCGUUGGGGUUCUAAUGAGGAGGCUUUACAAAUUGUGGAUUCAACUUGGCGGGAACCAAUUCAGGACUCACCAUGUGACCCACUAUGGGCGUGGAUGAAGAAAUCUCGACAUAAGCUCUUCUAUUGGGCAAAGAAAGAGACCACCAAUUUAGCUCGUCGGAUUAGGCAAUUGCUUUCAGACUCUCAACAGGUUUGGAAUGAUUAUCCAGUCGACUGGAUGGAGCUACCAGAUUGAAUCUGAGUUAGCUACGUCUUGGGUGGCUAAGGAAUUAUCCUGGAAGCAAAUAUCGCAUGUUCAAUGGCUCUCAGAAGGAGAUAAGAAAAUGGGAUACUUUCAUGUAGUCACUCGUGCUAAACGACGACGGAAUAGAAUUGAGGGACUGUUUAAUGUUGCGGGUCAAUGGGUUUAUGAGGAGGCGGGUAAGGAACAAAUCAUGGUGGAUUAUUACAAGGAUCUUUUCACUAGUGAUGGAUUGGACGCCGGGUUUGCAGCUCGCAUUGAUCAAAGGGUUAAUAGUAUGCCUAUUGGUAGGCUUGUCUCAAGGGAGAUGAAUGCAGAACUCUUGGCUCUGAUUCUCCCCGCUGAAAUCAAAGAAACAAUUUUCCAUAUGGGUGCUCUAAAAUCUCUAGGUUUGGAUGGUUUUACGGGGUGUUUUCCGUUCUUUUUUGGCAUAUAGUUGGUGACAUUGUCAUCAAGGCGAUCACUUCUUUCUUUACCAUGGGCAAACUCUUGUUGAAUUUUAAUCACACUUAGUUGACUCUUAUUCCUAAAGUUGACAUGGUAGAAAAAGUUUCUCAAUUGCGUCCUAUUAGCUUAUGCUAGUUUUUGUACAAAGUUACAACCAAGAUUAUGGCUGUUAGGUUGGGAAGGAUUUUUCCACAAUUGGUCUCUCUAGAACAUAAUGGUUUUGUUUGGGAACGACAAAUUGUUGACAAUGUUCUCUUUGCCCAUGAGCUGAUGCACUUCAUUAAACAUAAAAAAAAGGUUUGGCCGCUCGAAAUUCAUGGCCAUCAAGCUUGAUAUGGAGGAGGCGUAUGAUCGGAUUGAGUGGCCUUUUCUGUUCGCCAUUCUUAGGAAAUUGAGGUUGGCUGAUGAUUGGAUUCAUUGGGUUAAAGAAUGUGUUUGCUCUGCUACUUUUCGAUCUUGGUCAAGGUAAACCAUCUGGGUUCUUCCCAUCUACUCGUGGUCUUUGUCAAGGUGACCGACUUUCUCCUUUAUUAUUUGCAUUAUGUUCCGAGGGUUUUUUAUGUGAUUCUCGUAGCAGCAAAAACCAGGUCAGGAAUUAACGAUUCCCUAACUGGGGAAUCAAGGGAGGAGACUGGAUUUUUGGUCUGGAAGGACCCCCGACCAGUAACAUUAAAUACAUGACUGGGUAUUAUGAUCGGGUUUCGGGCUGGCCGAGUUAGGCCUUCCUUUUUGGUUUGAGUUUUUGUUUCUUUUUGAGUUUUUAGUUAUUUUAUUUGCCUGGACUAUAUAAAGGGUUGUAAAUACAAAUUAUAGGGUAAUAGAAUUUUGUUGAAUGGAAAUUAAUUAUGAGGAGUUUUCCCCAUAGAGCAUGAGUGCUUAUGGAUUAUUGGUUUAGCUAUUGGUGGAUCCCAUAGCUAGGGCAAGAUCCUUGUUUGAUUUUUUCUGUUGAAGAAUCCUGAAGAGUUUUGCAAGACUCUUAUUAAUCAAGCAAUCACACUUGAAUGUGGUGAGUAUGUAUCCCCAAAUGUCCCUCUACUUUUAUGAUUGUUUGAAGGUCAAUUCUAACUAUCCAAACUUGAAUUGUAGCUGCGCGACUUUAACAAAAGAAACUAAACUUUCACGAGCUUGGAAUCUUAUCAAUUUAUUGCAAUGAUUAAAGAAAUGUUGACUAGGAAUGAGUUGCAAGGUGUUUGAAUUUCCCCUUCAUGUCCUGAAGUUUCUCACCAAUUAAUUGUUGAUGAUUCUUUUUGUUCCUUCGAGCAUCUCUGCGAUGAGGAGAAUUAAUGAGAUUAUUGCAUGAAUAUGAAGGGUUAACUGGGCAACGAAUUAAAUUGUCGAAAUCAGUGCCUUCUUUAGCCCAAAUAUGGAUUCGCAAUCCCAAGAUGCAUUGGGGACCAUCGCUGGUAUUUGGGGUUACCAUCGUUGGUCCAUAAGUCUAAGAAAUAGACUUUCUAUUUUGUCGAAGAGUUGCAAGGAUGUAAGGUCCGCUAUCUAUCCAUUGCGCUGAGGGAAGUUCUUCUCAAGUUAGUAGCGGUUGGUCUGCCUUUUUAUGUAAUGUCAUGUUUUUAUCUCCCUAAGGAUUUGAUUCGUCAUCUGAAUGCACAUAUGACAUGAUUUUGGUGGGUAACAACUCAAGGAUAGCGGCAUAUCCAUUGGAUUGCUUGAAAUUCUUUAUGUGGCAGCAAGCAUGGGGAAGGUUUAAGUUUGCAUGAUUUUGGUUGUUCCAGUCAAGAUUUUGUUAACCAAGGUGGCUUGGCGUAUUCUCACGGAGCCUUCAUCACUUCCUAUCACUAUAAAUAGAACACUGGAGUUCAGAACUUAGUGGCAAGUGAUAGGAAGAUUCAAAGGGUCGUAACUCUGUAGACAGAGUGACUCACCCAAUUUAGAGUUUCUCUUGACUCUUUGUUUCUGUUCAUUGAAUCCCUAGAACCCGUCCCCAUGUUUGGUUAAUUCCUUAGUUGCAUAGGUUUGUGGACCCUAGAGGUUCUUUAACUUUGUAACUCUUGAUUUUGGCAUAUAUGAUUUGAUUUCUUUAUUUGUUGCUUUGUUCUUUCGUUUGGUUUAUCAUUGAUGCAAUUGUAUGCUCAAUAUGAGGACUAGUUUCAAAGUUUAUAUCCUUAUAAACGAAUUUGUGGGUUGAUGAGGUUGGAAACGAGAGUCCCUCACAAUCGAUCGUUAAUCUAUCAAAAUUCUUCGACUUCCUCAAGGGAGAAAUCCGUAAGGUCACCAUCACUGCCUACUAGAUCUGCUAAUUGCCAUGGCAUAUGGUAGGGUAAACCUAACAAAGAUAAAACAACUCAUAUGGUGCUAGGAUCAAGAGUUGAUUCUUGAUUGCCCGUAGGUGUGUUUAUUCGAAUUACCCGCUCCUGGAAUAUAUACAUACUUAUUGCAUACCGUGACAUAUGCAAUCUAAAUGUCGACUCUCCCAUAUACCUCGCUUGAGCUUGGAAGCAGCCAAACAGGAGCAUAGUAAGAGGAGAAUCCAUUGUGGAUUCCCAUAAACAUCACUAUGUGUAGCCAGAAUCAUAGCGAAGUCAAAGGAACUAUAGGGGGAGCUUGCAUGUGCAAUACCUUCCUAUCCUGCUUCCUUUCUCGCAAUCUUUUACAUUUUUUUUACAAAACCAGAGGCGCCUCAACCUCCUACAUAAGUUAUAAACCAUAGAACUCGUCCCUCGACACUUAAGUAAGUGGUUGUGAGAGACCCUAGGGAAUACGAUCUUGGCCUUUCGGCAAGGUAAAUUUGGUACGUGCUAUAAAUGAAAUCACUCAACUAAGACAGAAUACCAAGGCAAGUUAGAACUAGACUCCCUAUAUUGGGCAAGACUCUCACCUAAUACAAGGCAAUGAAUUGA